AUGUUCCCUAAUUACUAUGCAUGCUCUAGUGUGGCACAUCUUCUUGCUAGGUAUGAGAAAAGCUGCCUUGAACCAGAAAGCGGGACCAUCAAAGGAGAUGACAAAGAUUCAGAAGUUCCACUGCAGUGCACAAAAUUCAGAACAUGUAAAGAGCUUCUACAUGCGGUAGACAGGCUUGUUGAAGAUAAUAAUGCCAAGGAGCUCUCUGUGAAUGACAUGACACAACUAGAAGAAGAACUUCAUGCUGCUCUUGUGGAAACACGGUCGAUAAAGACACAGUUGAUGAUGAACUACAUAUCAACUCUCCAAGAAGAGGAAAAGAAGUUAAACGAAGAUAAGGAAGAAACAGUGAAGCAGAUUGCAUCAAUGGAGCACAUGUUUGCAGGUAUUGAUGAGGGUGGAGGGCAUAACGACCUUGCAAAUAACAAGAUGAAUUUGCCCCAACAUCUUCUCACUCUCUCUCUUUUUAAAGCCUAA